AUGGAGCUCAACGGUAUGGGAACGUCCGUCGGGGCCGUGGCCUGUCCUGUGUGUACCCUGUAUUUGCGCGAGGGCAUCAGUCUGCAGAAGCAUUUGGAUACUCAUCCCAAGGAACAGGCACCCCAAACGUCCUCCCAAGUCUCACAGAACACGCACAUUUCUACUCACUCUCCGUAUCCUGUAGGACCCAUUUUUGAAUGUCCGCCCAUAAGUACCAUGAUGCCACCGCAGUUCACUUCAUUUAGCUAUCAGCAAUUUGUGAACAAUGGGACCAUGAUGAUACCGCAGUAUGCGAUGGCACCGCCGCAAGCCAAUCAGAUGAUGCAGAUGCUGUACAAUCCAUACGGUAUGUACCAACAGCAAAUACCCACCGUCCAAAUGAUCUCACCAGUUGCAGCUGUUCCUGGCGCAAUGACGAGGGUUCGGCCAGUGGUCACUAUGGCCGGUGAGAGCAACGUCAGAACCCUGACGAUUCCUGUAAAUAGUCCUGAACCGAAACAGAUUCUGCCUGAGAUUUUGCCAGAGACGGAGUCUGAAUCCGGACAAGUUAUUCCAGAUGUUAAUCUCUCAGCAUCACCUGUGCUGCAGAACAAGGACACAUCCAUCAGAACGAGAGAAGAGAGCGACAACAGCAUGCUGCCGAUGAAUCACCGGGGACAGCAAACACAUAGUUCUACAUCUCCCGACGACAGCACUGUGCACGAAUACAAUGCUAUUUCUAGAUCUAUUACAAUCACUUGCGCUGUAGAUAACACCGAUGACAAAGUGGAGAGUGUAUUGCCAGACGUGGUGGACGAAGAGCCAUUGAAUAACAUUUUGACCACAGACUUACAGUGUAAAUCUGCAACGUACGAGCAACCAGAAACACAACAGUUUACACGGCAUGUGACCGAAGAGGAAUACGUGAAUGUAUCCGAUAGAGAAACACCCACAAUUGACAUUGACUCCGUAGCUUGCGAACAUGACUCUGAAAUGAUAAUUGACGAUAGACCUGUAAGUCGCAGCAGCAACGUCGACAUUAAUGUUGGAUCACCGCGUGAUCUAGUACCAGUAAAUACCUUGAAAGAUUCUGUUCAACCUGAAUUUAACUCGGUUGAAAAACUAGAAAAUUUGAUUACCAUAAUGGAAACGGAGCUUAAUAACGCAUCUCUACAGAAAGAAAGUAAUACGCGAAACGAUCAGGAAAAAUUGGCGGACGCGAAAGGAAAGACCACUUUGGAUAGAGAGGAGAGCGUUAUUCAUGAUAUAGUAGGCAUUCCGGAUUCCCACGAGAAGGAUCACGUAUUGUCCAACGUGCAGGAAGGGAACAAGUGGGACUCGAGCAAUUACUCGACCGACGAACAAAGAUUGUCAGAUAAGACUUGUUCGUCACCUAGAGUAGACUGCUCAAAAACGAAUGAAACUCUAGACAGAUUGGAAAAAACUUUGCAUUCUGAUAAUUAUAAAUAUAGUUUUUCAGCUCCUACGUCUCCAGUCACGAGAAGGAAGAGCCGCAAAGUCAUCCGUCGUUAUAGUUCGCGAUCGGAGCAUGGAUCAUGCGAAAAUCUCAAUGCAUAUCGUCACCGUGCUGAUUUCGACGACGCCGCGGACGACGAUGACGAUGAUGACGAUAACGACGACGAUGACGACGAGGAAGAGGAGGAGGAGGAGGAGGAGGACUACGAGAACUUGGACGCGAACGUCGAGGCGGAUGUGGACUUGGACGAGAAGGUUAACGUUGAUAUAAACAUGGACGAGAAGAUCGACGAAGAGGACAAUUUUGACGAGGCGAACAUGGACAUUGACGAGAUUCCCAGUCCGCAUACGCCUUUCGCGGAUUGCGGCGUCAGAUCGCACACACCUUUGUCCGCAAUCAGUGGCAUUUCUGUGUUAAGAGUUAGGAAGGAUCUCAGCAAACCAUGCUCACCCACGUCCAUACAUUCGUUUCAUCACGUGGACAGUGAUAGCGUAACUCACGAUGAGGAUAGUAAUGGUGUAGGUAACACCACGGAGAAAGAUCCGAUCGACUGUUCACAGAUAGAUGAGGAGAAAAUUAAGACUGAUAAUCAGUGUCAGGAAACGCAGGUGGCGGUGUGCGGAAAUGUUGCAAAGAUUCAAGAAUCGAGCAGCAGUUACGCGUAUCAUCAAUCAGUGAUAACCGAGCACAUUAGUUCAUUUCCCGUGAUACAUUCACAGUCAUCCGUCUUGAUGCACGAGUCAUAUUCCAUUACGACCAGCACCAAGACUCAAAACCUUUUGAAUCUCUCCGAAUCAAUAAACCCCACAACCAGUACCGAAUCUAGAAACUUUCACUCCGCCAAAUCAUUGAUGCCGAAGCAAUCGAUGGAACUGCUCAAUAUAAAUGAAGAUGCUCACGCUGGGCCAAUGAAUGUCUUUGAAUUCGACGGACUGCAAAUAUUAGUUCCUAGUACAUUUAUAAGUGACUCGUCUCAGAAAGCGGUGAGUGCAACCAGCCAGCAAUCUAUGGCAAGUAGCGAGGGUGCAAUAGGUGUUGACGAGGAGGUGAAGAGUAUUAAUAUGCGUGCUGAUGAGACUAUGCCACCUAGAGGUGAAUUAUCGGAGCAAGAAAGCAAUGGCUGCACGGAACAGUCCGCAUGGCAGAUGUACAUGGGUCAAGAAUCUUCGCGCAUGUCCACCUCUUACGAUCUGUUGGCUCGAGAAAGCUGGGAAGAAUCGGAAGGAUCCGAUAACGAAAUCAGCGGACCAUUGUUGGACAGUAGAUCGUUAGCCACGCACUUUACGUCGAGUUUGUUUUUGGAUCGAGAUCGAAAGACACCGACCAAACGUACAUUCAAGUGUUCCCACUGUAGCGAAGUAUUUGAUUGUCCAAAGGAACGUAGAGUUCAUAGUACAACUGUGCAUAAGGAUGCGAUGCCCAGUAGUAGUAGAGAUCAAUUGGAUCAGCCAGAAGUAAAGGACAUCAAGUUGUUGGAUAGUCGCAUGAAUAUGUUCGACGAUAUAUUCAUGCCGAGUAUACAUAUGCAACAGCACAUGUACCAUCAUCAGCAGCCGUUGUUGCAUCAGCUGCAGCCACCGUCACAACCUGGAUCAGACGGCCUGACGAAGGCCGAGACCGACCAGAAAAUCGGUGAGAAUCUGGUGAUACCGUCAAACAUUGAGGUGAUUUGCACGAUAUGCAAUCAGCGAUUCAAUAGUGAGAAGUCUCUGCAGACGCAUCACCGACGCAUGCACAUCACUGACAAUAAUUCUCUAAGGAAAAUCAAGUUUAACAAAAUGUCGAUGAAGAGAAAAAACGACACGCAAGUGCCGGCCGAGGAGAGCGAUUUGCUCUCAAUCCGGCCUCUAGGGGCAGGUCAGGAAGUUGGCAGGUCAUGUAUCAUGUUAGAAUUUAAAGGGAAGAAAAUUAUGUUGGACUGUGGCAUACAUCCUGGACUUUCGGGAAUGGACGCUCUUCCGUUCGUCGACCUUGUCGAGGCCGAUGAGAUUGAUCUGCUGCUGAUCUCCCAUUUUCACUUGGAUCAUUGCGGAGCACUACCCUGGUUUCUAUUAAAGACGAGCUUUAAGGGUCGCUGCUUUAUGACGCAUGCCACCAAGGCAAUUUAUCGCUGGUUAUUGUCGGACUAUAUCAAGGUGAGCAACAUAGCCACUGAGCAGAUGCUGUAUACAGAAUCUGAUCUAGAGACCAGUAUGGACAAAAUAGAGACGAUUAAUUUUCAUGAGGAGAAGGACAUGUUUGGAAUAAAGUUCUGGGCCUAUAAUGCGGGUCAUGUGUUGGGUGCUGCUAUGUUCAUGAUUGAAAUUGCCGGUGUAAAGAUUCUAUACACGGGAGAUUUCAGUCGGCAGGAGGACAGGCAUUUGAUGGCUGCUGAGAUCCCAAAUAUUCAUCCUGAUGUUCUCAUCACUGAGUCCACUUAUGGCACUCACAUUCACGAAAAGAGAGAGGAUCGAGAGGGUAGAUUCACGAAUCUUGUGCAUGAGAUUGUCAAUAGAGGUGGUAGAUGUUUGAUACCUGUAUUUGCUCUAGGAAGAGCACAGGAGCUUCUCCUUAUUCUGGACGAGUAUUGGAGUCAGCAUUCGGAAUUACAUGAGAUACCGAUCUAUUAUGCUUCCUCAUUGGCAAAGAAAUGUAUGGCUGUUUAUCAGACAUAUGUAAACGCAAUGAAUGAUAAGAUCAGACGGCAGAUAGCUAUUAACAAUCCUUUCGUAUUCAAGCAUAUCUCUAAUUUGAAGGGCAUAGAUCACUUCGAAGACAUUGGUCCAUGUGUGGUGAUGGCCUCACCCGGUAUGAUGCAGAGUGGCUUGUCUAGAGAGUUGUUCGAAUCUUGGUGCACAGAUUCAAAAAACGGAGUAAUUAUAGCUGGUUAUUGCGUAGAGGGUACGCUAGCCAAGACUAUCUUGUCGGAACCAGAGGAAAUUACAACUAUGUCAGGGCAAAAGUUACCAUUGAAAAUGUCCGUCGAUUACAUUUCAUUCUCUGCUCAUACAGACUAUCAGCAAACGUCAGAAUUUAUACGCACUUUAAAACCGCCACAUGUAGUGCUGGUGCAUGGUGAGCAGAAUGAAAUGGGUAGAUUGAAAGCAGCGUUACAAAGGGAAUACGAGGAUGAUCCCAACACCACCAUGGAAAUACAUAAUCCGCGAAAUACGGUUGCGGUGGAACUCUACUUCAGAGGCGAGAAGACUGCCAAGGUGAUGGGCACACUGGCGAUGGAAACUCCUAGACCAGGACAGACGUUAUCCGGUGUAUUGGUCAAGAGAAACUUCAAUUAUCAUAUGCUAGCGCCAUGCGAUCUGUCCAAGUACACGGACAUGAGUAUGAGUCAAGUUAUACAACGGCAGAGCAUAUACUUUUCUGCAUCUUUACCAGUUCUAAAGCACCUGCUGACACAGAUAGCCGGUCAUCUGGAAGUUGUAGACGAUAAAAAACUGAGAAUAUUUAAAAAUAUUGACGUCACGAUUGAUGGCAAGAUCGUUACGAUGGAAUGGGUAGCGACGCCAGUGAAUGAUAUGUAUGCAGAUUCUGUUCUCACCGCUAUCCUGCAGGCCGAAAUAAUGGAUCAGUCGCCGAAGAUUUUACCUGCGCCUACCAAAAUGGACAGGAUGCACUUUAAGGAGUGCCUCAUAGAGAUGCUGCAGGAGAUGUUUGGCGAGGAUUCCGUGCCCAAGAUAUUCAAAGGCGAGAAACUCUAUGUCACGGUAGAUGGUAAGAAGGCACAUAUAGACUUGUUGAAUUUGGAUGUGACUAGCAAGGAUGAGAUUUUCCAACAGAUAGUGCAAACGGCAGUUACGAAAUUGCAUCAAUCGUUGGCACCGCCUAGCGAUGUAAUAUAGCGCAAACAGAUGUUCAUUAUAAUAAAUACCUUUUUUUUACUGUUAAUAAUAUAUUUAUUUUCUGUAAACAAUUUUGUUUAUAUUGUCUUGUAUCUCCAUACGUGUGAAUUUAA